AUGUCCACCUUCACCUCCCACCUCACCUCCACCAUCACCCCCGACCACAUCACAAACCCCCACUCCAUCCCAAACCCAGUCGACCUCUCCGCCGCCUUCCGCCUAGUCCAAGACCAGUUCCUCACCCUCGCCUCCUCGGCCCCCUCCCAAGAAAACCAGUCCUUCCUCCUCUCCCUCGCCCAGUCUCUCGAGGAGGACACGCUCCACCCCCCGACCUCCCUCGAGGGCACCUCCCAGGAGUUCGUCGACUCCCUCGAUCGCGUCCCGCGCAAGUCCCUCUCCCCCGACGACAAAUGUCCCAUCUGCAUGGAGAACUUCCUCGACGAUCCCUACUGCUUGGUGGCUGAGCUCCCUUGCGGGGGAAGACACAGGUUGGAUCUGGAAUGUGUCAGCCCAUGGUUGAGAACCAAGGGGACGUGCCCUUGCUGUAGGGCUGACUUGGGAGAGCGAAAAAAGAGGAAGGAGGCGGAAGAGAGGGAGAAGGAGAAGGGCAAGAAACAAGAGGUGGAAGAGGAGGAGGAGGAGGACGAUAUGGAUGGGUUGUAUGCUUAA